AUGACAGAUGCUGUGACACUGACCGGGUCGUCUGAGUACGCUGUCCCCGGGAGUGACUUUACUCUGACGUGUGACGUACCAGAGGAGGCCCGUUUAGUUAAGUUGUUCCGCCGUCCUGACGUGUCUACUCGAGUAAGUUUUAUUGGCGUAGCUAGUAGGCGAUGUAGCGGCCCGCUCGGCCUCUGUACACCAAAUGUCUGUUCCUGUGUGACGUCGACUCGAAGUAGUGGUUCAGUGUUCCGGUGGGUCAUACAGCCACAGACGGGAGAUCAUGGAUCGGUGUGGUUCUGUAGACGUAUCAACAAUAACCUGCCUGACCAAAUACUGGACAGUCCGGACUUCACACUCAAUGUGGCAGAUGGUCCUGGAGCAACCGCAGCUUUGUCCCCACCUGACACUGCCUACACCAGGAACGAGGGAGACACAUUACCGGACAUAACAUGUACAGCUGACUGUAGACCUGACUGUACCUUCAUCUGGACAAAACCUGACAACACCAAUUUUUCUGCCUCGGCUGUGUUGUCACUUGGACAACUGGACAGAUCAGAAAACGGGACUUACCGGUAUACAGCUGGGAAUGAAGUCGGGGAGUCUUUUAUAACGACCGGUGUGGCUGUACAAUACGGUCCUGGGACCUCUACAAGUCUGUCCCCGUCGGUUACUUCUUACACCAGGACUGACGGGGACACGUUACCGGACAUCACCUGUAUAACUGACUGUAGACCUGGCUGUACCAUUGUAUGGACAAAACCUGACAACACAAACUUGACUGCCUCACCUGUGUUGUCACUGGGACAACUGGACAGAUCAGAACAGGGGAUGUACCGGUGUACUGCUUGGAAUGUUAUCGGGACGUCAAGUAUCACUACCAGUGUAAACGUACACUAUGGCCCUACUACAUCCAUAGUCAUGUCCCCACCAGACACUACAUACACCAGGACUGAGGGGGACACGUUACCGGACAUCACCUGCACAGCUGACUGUGGACCUGGCUGUACCUUUGUCUGGACAAAACCUGACAACACCAACUUUACUGUUUCACCUGUGUUGUCACUUGGACAACUAGACAAAACAGAACACGGGACGUACCGGUGUACUGCGUGGAAUGCUAUGGGGACGUCAAGUAUCACUACCUGUGUAAACGUACAAUACGGUCCUGGGACCUCUACAAGUCUGUCCCCGUCGGUUACUUCUUACACCAGGACUGACGGGGACACGUUACCGGACAUCACCUGUAUAACUGACUGUAGACCUGGCUGUACCAUUGUAUGGACAAAACCUGACAACACAAACUUGACUGCCUCACCUGUGUUGUCACUGGGACAACUGGACAGAUCAGAACAGGGGAUGUACCGGUGUACUGCUUGGAAUGUUAUCGGGACGUCAAGUAUCACUACCAGUGUAAACGUACACUAUGGCCCUACUACAUCCAUAGUCAUGUCCCCACCAGACACUACAUACACCAGGACUGAGGGGGACACGUUACCGGACAUCACCUGCACAGCUGACUGUGGACCUGGCUGUACCUUUGUCUGGACAAAACCUGACAACACCAACUUUACUGUUUCACCUGUGUUGUCACUUGGACAACUAGACAAAACAGAACACGGGACGUACCGGUGUACUGCGUGGAAUGCUAUGGGGACGUCAAGUAUCACUACCUGUGUAAACGUACAAUACGGUCCUGGGACCUCUACAAGUCUGUCCCCGUCGGUUACUUCUUACACCAGGACUGACGGGGACACGUUACCGGACAUCACCUGUAUAACUGACUGUAGACCUGGCUGUACCAUUGUAUGGACAAAACCUGACAACACAAACUUGACUGCCUCACCUGUGUUGUCACUGGGACAACUGGACAGAUCAGAACAGGGGAUGUACCGGUGUACUGCUUGGAAUGUUAUCGGGACGUCAAAUAUCACUACCAGUGUAAACGUACAAUAUGGCCCUAGUACAUCCAUAGUCAUGUCCCCACCGGACACUACCUACACCAGGACUGAGGGGGACACGUUACCGGACAUCACCUGUAUAGCUGACUGUAGACCUGGCUGUACCUUUGUCUGGACAAAACCUGAAAACACAAACUUGACUGCCUCACCUGUGUUGUCACUUGGACAACUGGACAGAUCAGAACAGGGGAUGUACCGGUGUACUACUUGGAAUGUUAUCGGGACGUCAAGUAUCACUACCAGUGUAAACGUACAAUGUGGGGGAUCGGGGAACAUACACCUGCUGUUAUCGUAG